GGGAACCGGGCCGGGGGCGGCACGGGGCUGUGCCGGGAAGGGCGGCGGGGCCGGCCGAGAAACCGGGAGCCUUGUAGCGAUGGAGUCACCCGCAGGGCUGCCUUGGGAGGGGGAGACCUGAGCGGUGGUCGGUGCCUCCUGAGAGAAGUGCUCACCCGGGGUCGGUGGCAGGUGCCUCCGCUGUAAGUGCCCUUACGCAGUAACUUGAAGACUUAGAGACUUUGUUUUGGUUAUUGCUGCUGCGGAGAGCUUCAAAGAUGAUGCUGGCAGAGCAAGCCCAGAAGUGGUUCCCAACUCACGUGCAAGUCACGGUUCUUCAAGCCAAAGGUCUGAAGCCCAAAGGCAAAAGUGGCACCAACGAUGCGUACACCAUCAUCCAGCUGGGCAAGGAGAAGUACUCCACCUCUGUAGCUGAGAAGACCCUGGAUCCGGUCUGGAAGGAAGAGGCCUCCUUCGAGCUGCCUGGAUUGCUGAUGCAGGAGAACCCAGACAGAUACAUCCUGUACCUGAUUGUCAUGCACAGGUCACUGGUGGGGCUGGACAAGUUCCUGGGACAGGUGGCCGUAAAUCUGAACGAUGUUUUUGAGGACAAGCAAAGAAGGAAAACAGAGUGGUUUCCCCUAGAGUCCAGACAAGGAAAAAGAACCAAAGACAGAGGAGAAAUAAAGGUCAAUAUUCAGUUUAUGAGGAAUAACAUGACAGCAAGUAUGUUCGAUUUGUCAAUGAAGGACAAAACCAAAUCCCCUUUUGCUAAACUGAAAGACAAAAUGAAGGGUCGAAAAAAUGAUGGGACAUUUUCAGAUACAUCAUCUGCAAUCAUUCCAAGUACUCACAUACCUGAUGCAAACGUAGAGGUGUGUAGUGGUGAAGUACAAAUGAAAUCAAAACCAAAAAAACCUUUCCUUUUGGGACCCCAGAGGCUAUCUUCAGCUCAUUCGAUGUCAGAUUUAACAGGAUCACACGUCUCCUCAGAAAAAUUAAAAGCCAGCACAGGUGGCUACUCUCAUCUUUUCAAGCGUCAGCUAGAAUCUUUUGGUUCAGUUGAUGAAGGAGGGAGUGUAAAAUCUCCGCAUAGGAGGACAUUAAGUAUUGAUACUUCUAAAAUGAACCAAUUGGACAGCACAGCUGAUGAAACUGCGCUGGAAGCACAAAAUGACCCAUUUACCAACGUGAGUGCUUCAUUACCCCAAAAAUUCGCUACACUGCCAAGACAGAAGAAUCCAUUUGAAGAAAGCCCAGCAACGUGGGAUCAAAACAUAAGUCUGUUUUCCAAACCUGUUGAAAUCAAAAAGGAAAUUAGAAAAGAGAAAAAAGAGAAAGUUAGUCUUUUUGAAAGAGUGACUGGCAAAAAAGAUAGCAGGAGGUCAGAUAAACUUAGCAAUGGGGGAUCAGAGAGCUCCACUGACUUGAAAUCACCGAGUGCGUUUGGUGAAACUCAUCAGGAGAGUUUUGAUUAUGAGUCAACUAAUCCGUUCAUGACAAGCUUCAAGCCUACAAGCAUCUUGCCAUCUUCAAGACAAUACCCGAUGAAUGCAGCCCAUCAUUCAAAACUAUUCUCCAGCAAACUCCAGGCAGAGUGCUUCAGAUCGCUGUUACAAACAGCAUUUGCAGGAGCUUGUUACCAGUUUGGGUGCAGCCAGACCCAGAGAUGUGUUUUCUUGAAGCUCUGUCAACAGAUGCCACCCUUGACAGCCAAUACAUGCAACCUGAGUACAUGUUUUAACGUGAAUCCUUCUGGCACUGAGGACCUCAGGAAAACAAUGGAUGGAAAUCCUUUUGACACCACUGCAGGAUACCGGAACCUCACCUACGAAGAGGUUUUGCAGGAGCUGCUGAAACAUAAAGAGCAGCUUAAGAAGAAGGACACCCAUAUUCGUGAACUUGAGGAUUACAUUGAUAAUCUUCUUGUCCGAGUGAUGGAAGAAACACCCAGUAUUCUCAGAGUGCCAUAUGAACCUUCUCGAAAAGCUGGCAAAUUCUCCAAAAGUUAAAAUGGUGACACUGGGUGGUACUUUCUGCUGAAUACAUUCGUGGAAGGAAAUAACAUUUCAACAUUUUGACUUCUUUUCAUUCCUUUUUGUUCUAAAAAAUUCCAAGCAUUGGAAGGAUGGGACUAUGGCGUAGCUUUUUGUGUUGUUAUUAUUUGUUUUUAUUAACUCCAAACACUAGCAGGUACUGCCAAAAUGGUACUUCAUUGGAUUAGCUGAAUAACUUUAUUUUUCCUUUUUGAGAACAACUUUAGCUGCAGCAUCUUUACUGUAGAGUAAAUAACACACAUGAAUGCAGUGUCUGUGUGCACACUGUCCAUGCCUUGUCAGCUGGGGUACCCUGUGCUGUUUUGAAUGUUUUCUUGACUGAUUAAUAUUAUGCAAAUAUGUCAAUUCUGGUAUUAAGACAUGCCAAUUAAGGCCACUGUUUUCAAGCCAGUGUAGAACGCUUAACUAAAUCUAAAUGUGGCUUCUUGCAAUGGAAUGCAGUUUGUUUUACAUGUAGUAGAGGAAAACAGUGAUGCGCAAUCUUUGUAGAGUAAAUGCUAUACUGUAUACAGUAUGCUUUUGUAUGGCAAUGUGAAAAAUACCAUGCCAUUUCACUAAUGGCACAUGUGGGAAUGAGUUAAUUUACACUUAAAUGCAGGUUUUUUGUGUAUAAUGAUUGAACUUUGGUGGCGAGCUCAUUACAUGGGAUUAUUUUGCAGAUCUUUUUGUAUGAAGUUAUUGCAUGCUUUUUUUAUAUGUUGAAGUACUUUGAACAGUGUUAAUAGAGUCAGAAGUAGGAUGGGAGAAAAAUUGGAAUAAGGUAAGAAUACUUUGCUCAGUCAAGGUCUGUACAGUAAAAAUACAGGAAAAAUGAACAGACUGACUUAAAAAGAUGAUAAUUCUGAGAAUAUAGAACUGACUCAAUUUAAGAUUGAGUUUAAAAUGAUGUAUCUCUUAAGUUUAUUUAAACUUAUGAGAACAAAAUAUAAGCUUUUAGAAAUAGGCUGUGUUGCUGAAACAUGACUGGGGUACCUUAGGUUUAAUUUUAUUUAAACUUUUUAAAAAGGUCUGUAUUCGUUAAAAGUACUUUAAAAGUGGGUUCUCCUUAAGGCAGAUGUAAGAAUGUAGCAAAUGUCUUCCUGAUCAGUUAAUAACUGUAAGAUGACAGAUGGAAAGGAUAUCUGUUAUUCACUAAAUUGGCUAAAUAUGGUGGUGAAUUUAUUAAGGGAAAAUAGGAGAAGAAUCCUUACAAUAUUAACGUAGGUAGGUUUUAAUUUCCUUCAUAAGAGCCUCAGUUGGAUUUUCUAUUGCUGUGAAACGGUAAGUAUUUAAAAGAAAAAAAAAAAAAAAGGUACAGAGAAUAUUUUAGAUUUGGAUUUUCUUUUC